GCGGUGCAGCAUGCGGCAAAGCGCUUUGCAUAAAUUAUGCUCAUGACGCAGCAGCUAAAAAAAUCCAAGUAGCAGUAGGAGGGGAAAGGGGGGGCGGCAGGGGGGGUCGGGGAAGGGGGGAGAGGAGAAAAAUACACACCUGGCCGCCCCCCAAGCCUCCCCUUCCCGCCUCCCGGCCGCCCCCUCCGGCUCUGCCCGGCCCGGGCUGGGGGCCCGGGGGCGGCGGCGGGUCCCGACCGGCGUCCCGGCCGAGCCGAGCCCAGCCCGGCCGCACUGGCUCCUUUGUCUGCGGGCGGCGGCCGCCCCGGCCCCGGCUCCGGCCCCCGGGCCCCGGCUGUGCGAUGAGCCUCUGAUCGGUGGCCGCCGGCACCGCGCGAAGCGGCUCGGGCUCGGGCUCCGGCUCUCUGAAAAGCCCCCAAAUCUGGGGGCGACAUCCCCCAGGAAUGAAGCUAGAGCCCCAGCAAGGAAGUCUGCCCAGACUUCUCCUUUGAGAAGCACGCUAGUACCCAGGUCGCUCCUUCCCUUGUCUAAGGUGCUGAGGGCCUGGAUCAGAUUCACGCCGGGUUCUGCUGGGUGUGCUGUCUUCACUGGACCGGGGGACCCCUGGGGGCGGAUGCCUGCCCCCCCUUUCCUCUUGUCACCCUAAGCACAGAUGUUCCUGCUUCCUCCAGAGUAUACUUGGGAGAACCCAGCUCCCCUGUUCUCCCGCCGCUCUAUUUCUGACUGUUCUAGAUGGGAUGGGAAUUGUAUCACCGUGUCACAUCAGCCUUUGCUUUUCCAAUCCCGUCUUACCCAGGAUGCACUAGGUGUGGGUUGGCCCCCACCCCACCCCGACAAGCGACCAUGGAUCCGGGAGCAGGGUCAGAGUCAUCUCUGACAGUCAAUGAGCAGGUCAUCGUGAUGUCAGGCCAUGAGACCAUUCGAGUGCUGGAAGUCGGAGUGGACGCCCAGCUCCCUGCUGAGGAGGAGGGCAAAGGCCUGGAGGCUGUGACUGCUGAGGGCUCCCUCCGUGGGGACCCGGCUGAAGCCAGUGAGCCUGCUGGUGAAGCUGGGCCAGACAAGCCAGAGGCCCCUGCAGAGGCAACUGCCAAGUCGCUCCCGGGGAUCCCUCCGAGCCCUGCCCCUGCCAUUGCCACCUUCAGCCAAGCCCCAAGCCAGCCUCAGGCGGCAUCUCAGACCCUGACGCCACUGGCCGUACAAGCUGCCCCCCAGGUCUUGACUCAGGAAAACUUAGCCACAGUUCUGACAGGAGUUAUGGUUCCAGCAGGGGCAGUUACUCAACCUCUUCUUAUCCCCAUCAGUAUUGCAGGUCAAGUGGCCGGUCAGCAGGGGCUGGCCGUGUGGACAAUUCCUACAGCAACCGUGGCUGCCCUCCCUGGACUGGCCGCUGCUUCUCCCACAGGGGCAGUUUUCAAGCCACCAUUAGCCGGUCUCCAAGCGGCUGCUGUGCUCACGAACACUGCUCUCCCGGCACCUGUACAAGCGGCCCCACCGGUACAGACCUCCUCACUGGCCCAGCCGCGGCCACCAGCCCAGCCCCAGACGCUGUUCCAGACCCAGCCACUGCUGCAGACCGCACCCGCCAUCCUACCGCAACCCACCGCCGCCGCCACUGCUGCUGCCCCCACCCCCAAGCCAGUGGACACCCCUCCCCAGAUUACCGUCCAGCCUGCAGGCUUCGCAUUUAGCCCGGGAAUCAUCAGUGCUGCUUCCCUCGGGGGACAGACACAGAUUCUGGGCUCCCUCACCACGACUCCGGUCAUUACCAACGCCAUUCCCAGCAUGCCCGGGAUCAGCAGUCAGAUCCUCACCAAUGCUCAGGGACAGGUCAUUGGAACGCUUCCAUGGGUAGUGAACUCAGCUAGCGUGGCGGCCCCAGCACCAGCACAAAGCCUGCAGGUCCAGGCCGUGACACCCCAGUUGUUGUUGAACGCCCAAGGCCAGGUGAUUGCAACCCUGGCCAGCAGCCCCCUGCCUCCGCCCGUGGCUGUCCGGAAACCAAGCACGCCUGAGUCCCCUGCUAAGAGUGAGGUGCAACCCAUCCAGCCCACACCUGCUGCGCCCCCGCCUGCCGUGGUCAUUGCCAGCCCAGCCCCGGCCGUCAAACCAUCCGCCUCUGCUCCCAUCCCGAUUACCUGCUCAGAGACUCCCACGGUCAGCCAGUUGGUGUCCAAGCCACAUACUCCAAGUCUGGAUGAGGAUGGCAUCAACUUAGAAGAGAUCCGUGAGUUUGCCAAGAACUUUAAGAUCCGGCGGCUGUCCCUGGGCCUUACCCAGACCCAGGUGGGCCAGGCUCUGACUGCAACGGAAGGUCCUGCCUACAGCCAGUCAGCUAUCUGCCGGUUUGAGAAGCUGGACAUCACGCCCAAGAGCGCCCAGAAGCUGAAACCCGUGCUGGAGCGGUGGCUGAACGAGGCCGAGCUGCGGAACCAGGAAGGCCAGCAGAACCUGAUGGAGUUCGUGGGAGGUGAGCCCUCCAAGAAACGCAAGCGCCGUACAUCCUUCACGCCCCAGGCCAUAGAGGCGCUCAACGCCUACUUCGAGAAGAACCCGCUGCCCACAGGCCAGGAGAUCACCGAGAUCGCCAAGGAGCUCAACUAUGACCGCGAGGUCGUGCGGGUCUGGUUCUGCAACCGGCGCCAGACGCUCAAGAACACCAGCAAACUGAACGUCUUUCAGAUCCCCUAGGGCUCGGGCCCAGCAGCCCUGUGAUGCAGCACUUUCUACCCUCCCCUUGGCGCCUGGCUGCAGCCGCGGCUGUCACUGCACCUGUCGUUUCACCAUGCGCAGCCCUGGCUUCGCGACUCCGCUCUGUGCAUGCGCGUCCCCCAUGGCUCCCUCUUCCCUUCCCUGCACCCCGCAUAUCCACGGCUGGGGGUCUGGGGUCGGAGGGUGGAGUCGGGGAAGGGGAGGGGCCGAGGGAGCUCCAGGCCCUUGCUUGGGCACGCUGAACCGGGGACUUGGUGGUGUCGCUUAGAGAAGCACUUUGCUAACGUGGUUCCUGAAGGAUGCAUUUUGGUUGGGAACCAGAAACUCCCGGUGUGUGGGCCCGGCUGUGGCUGUUCCCGACCGCAGGCCGCGAACUCUUAUUUUCUAUGUCAUUCUCUUUCUACCCUGUCUUCUCCUUUGUUCCUGUAUGUUGGUGUGGCAGAUGUGACAGCCCUGCCGGUGGACCCGCCACAGCCUCAAACUCCCUACCCCCACCUUUGCCUGUAGACACAUUGCCCCUCCCCCAGCCAAAAGGACCCAGGAGAUCAAAUUCAAACAAGUGUGAUAUGCCGCUCAGAAGUCAGGCUCGAUGUUUGCCUUGACCUUGGGGUCAGAAGGUUCCCACGGCCCUGGAGCUCCUCUCCCACCUCUCCCUAGUUCCUUUGGGGGGUUGCACUAAAGCAGACAGCCCCCUCCCCUUUUUUCUUUUGCAAUUCAUUUUUGAGGAAAGCAGCAGUGAUCUCAAACUGCCCUGGGGUUGUCCGGUGUGUGCAGCAUGUGGGGAAUUUGGUGGACAAGGCCUUCUGGCCAGAUUUUAAUCUAAUCUCUAUCCAUAGCUAUUCCCCACCCCCACAAAGAGUGUGGGUUCAGAGAAUUUGAAAUCUAGACCGUCCCACUGCCCCAGCAAGCAGGCAAUUCUGGAGAAAAAUGAGGGAAAGAAUGCUGGCUUUCUCUCUCGUCGCCACACCCAGCCCCAACCCAGCACCGGGGCUUCUCAAAAGGAGCAAAUUCGUGAAUGAAGCCGACAGCCAUGCCCUUGGGUAAGCAUAGCAGCUAGAGAGAGCCGGUGGCAGCCAGGGAAGGUCUCCUGUGCAGGUCUACUUAACUCUAGUUUUCUCUGUAGCUUUAAGUUUGAGUGUUGGAGGAGAAAUCUCAUUUUUUUGUCCAGAGUCUGAUUCUGUGUCUGUGUAAGAAAUCUCCCCCAAGGCCGGCGCCACGGCACAAUAGGCUAAUCCUCCGCCUGCGGCGCCGGCGCACCGGGUUCUAGUCCCGGUUGUGGCGCCGGAUUCUGUCCCGGUUGCCCCUCUUCCAGGCCAGCUCUCUGCUAUGGCCAGGGAGUGCAGUGGAGGAUGGCCCAAGUGCUUGGGCCCUGCACCUGCAUGGGAGACCAGGAGAAGACCUGGCUCCUGGCUUCGGAUCAGCGCGAUGCGCCUUCUUCAGUGCACCGGCCGCGGCGGCCAUUGGAGGGCGAACCAACGGCAAAAGGAAGACCUUUCUCGCUCGCUCUCUCACUGUCCACUCUGCCUGUCAAAAAAGAAAAGGAAGGAAAAGAAAGAAAUCUCCCCCAGUGCUCCUUCUGAGUCCAGCACACGCCCAGGUCAGGAUGGGAGUUGCCUCCAGAGAGGGUCGCUGUGGCUCAUUCGGGGUUGGACCACCUCUGCCACAGGUGCCCCGUGCAGAGCUGCCUCUUAGCUAAGCUCCCCCUGGGGUGCUGUUUCUGUGUCUGCUUGCUGCGGGUCCCACCCAGGCCCUGCGAUGCUAGCGUGCCCCCCAUCCUGGCAGCCCUGCCAGUGAGAUGUCUCUCUCUCCCUCUCUCUCUUUCACACACACAUAUGCAUGCACACGCACGCCCCACUGCAUUUGCCCAGCUGAACCUGCCCAAGUGUGGCGUCCGCGCCAGUCCCGUGACACACUCAUCCAGCAGGAGAGUGCGAAGCCAGGCUUGGGUAAGGAUGAAGCAGCCACUCAGUACACGAGGGAAUUGCAGGAGUCAUGCGCAAACCCUCGCACGCACGCGUGCUUUGUUUCCAGGGGUGAGUAAGUGGGUCACAGCUACUGUCCUUGGGAGCAGCUCCGAGUCCAGGGGGGUUCCCCCAUGCCAUGGCUGUGCACGGGGACACUCUGUCCUGUGUCACGGCAGGGAAAGAUCGUGAACUGCUGUUCUAAAUUAGGCCUGGCCAUGCUUUCUUAGCACGUCUCUCCUCUAAGUCUGUUUUCCCAAGGCUGGCUUGAAACGCAACAAUUUUCUCUCCUCUGGAAGGAUGCGUCACUGACUCAGAGGAAUAGGAGCUGCAGGCUGCAGUCCCUGGUGGGAGGGUACAGGGUCUCCCUGAAGUGUGCCCAAGGCCCAGCUUGCUGGCCUGUGGCCCCUGCUCACUUCUCUGCAGUAGGACCUCUGGGAAGCCACUGGGCCUUGAGUCACCUCUGAGAUGAUACAUACGCAUUUUUUUGGUAGCUUCAGACCUGAAGGGGGUCGAUACAGGUUUUAUUUGGAAAAAGUAUCUUUCGGGGUGUUAAGCCAGAGCUCCUUGGUUUGUUUGCUCUGGAGAGACUGGAGAACAGGCAGAAAUGGUUUCACUGUGUGGUUUUGUUCAGUGAAGGAAAGGCCAGAACUUUCCGGGGCCUGCUGAAUGAUCCGGGGCCUUUGACCCUGUUCUACUCAUGGUAUCCGGGGGGAGGGGGGAGCAGGGCCCAGGGAAAGAACUGGGCCAAAUGGACUGAGGAGCACCUGAGUUUGGACGGAGAAACCCUACUGUUGCCCAGAUUUCUUUUUCUGAUUCAUAGGCCGGGCUCUGAGGCUCUGACUGUCCCCAGCGCAGGGCAAAGCCUGCUGAGGACUGGAGCUGUGGGGAGGGGCGGGCAGAAUGGGGGAGAAGCACUCGAUGUAGUUGUGUGGAAUAAACAGUAUUUUUUCUUUUG